GGGCCAUUUUAGACGCACAUAUCAUCGGAAGGUUGUUGCCAGUUGGACCCACAAUGACGCCAUGGCCCUGGGGCCAAGUGGGGCAGCAGUUCCUUGCUGCAGACCAUCCUGUUAGCGAAUGUCAGUAAGGAGACGCCUUGAGUUUGCUAAACUUGUUUUUCUAAUGGCAGCGGGGUCAUGCAUGACGCACAUUUGGUGCAGGAUCAACCGGCCAAUGGAGGUUCUAGUCUUUGAUCGUGUGGCCAGGGCAUGCGGCGGCCGCUCUGGCCCCGCUCUUUGUCGGCGGAGCUUGAGAAACUCUGCAGCAAAGAGAAGUGAAGGAGUUGGGUCAUUCACAACGGAUAAGCGGCACAUUUCAUUUAAACGUAGGAUGUUGGCGUCGUCUGAUCAGGCAAUCAGCAGGAUGUUGCCGGCCCAUUUGACAGUCUGGUUGCAACGGUGUGGAGAUAGACAGCUAAGUCCACCUAGAAAAAGAGAUGGAACGAGCACCGCAGACUGUUCAGCACUUCACCUCAUGACCACCACCACUGUUUCUGAAGCAUUCAAUCAGAUUCCUUCACUAGAGCGCCUUCAGACUUUCAGCCAAAGAUCUUUUAAACUUCAGGGCCCCCUCUGCAGAAGCCUGCAUAGCACAGUCCGCAGCCAACUAGCAUCAACUCAAACGGACUGCCGAGAUUAUAGAGAAGAGCCAGCGCCACAGCUAGAGAAUGUUGAAAAACCUCUGGCACCACUUAAAAAGCCGUACUUGGAGAUGGACGAUCAGCUGAUGAGCUAUCUUCUAGGGCACAAUAACGAGGAGGAGAUCUUUGCGAGGCUGCGAGAGGAGACGGGGAAGCUGCCGGGGGCAGGGGCCUCGAUGCAGGUAUCCCCUGAGCAAGGCAAGCUCCUGGCUUUCCUCGUCCGCAUCUGCCAAGCGAAACUCGUCAUAGAAGUGGGCGUUUACACCGGCUAUUCGAGCCUCUCCAUGGCCCGGGCUCUGCCUGCCAAUGGCCGGUUAGUGGCGUGUGAAUGGGACCCUCGGUGGGUCAAGAUCGCGUCCCGCUACUGGGAAGAAGGGGGGGUUCGAGACAAGGUUGACGCAAGACUGGGACCGGCGCUGGAAACUCUGGAGGGAAUGAUCGCUGCGGGGGAGACCGACACGUACGAUAUGGCCUUCCUGGACGCAGACAAACGGUCGUACCUGGCCUACUUCGAAUGUCUACUCAAGUUGAUUCGGCCUGGGGGGCUGAUCGUGGUGGACAACGUGCUGUGGCAUGGAAAGGUCGCGGAUUCGGGAGUCAAGGACAAAAAGACAGAGGCGCUCCGUCAAUUCAACGCCUUUGUUGCCAAAGAUGCAAGAGUGUCCACGGUCAUGUUGCCGGUCGGUGAUGGAAUGACACUCUGCCAACGGCUGAGUUGACCUUAAAUAGCAUGUGGGUCAAAAUCAAUAUCAACCAAGUGAACUUCCUCGGGCACCGUCACCAAGACAUAUUAGUAUGAACACGUACUGCGCACUGAGAAAGCUGCGCAGCCGCAAUUGAAAACGCCGGAACCUUAGAGUUGUUUUACUGCAGUGGGACUGUCAACUGUGCUUGCGAUCCAACAUGUCACCUUUGAUCCAUGAUUGAUGUCUUGCCCAAUUUAACAUUCGAAC